CUCUACAGCAGAGGCAGAUCAAAUGAACAGGUUACACGGGGCAUGGAUCUGGAGAGCUAUGAACCACCCGUGGUUCUGAGAGCAGACAACUGCCGCAGGCGCCGGAGGAUGAAGCCCCGCAGUAGCGCGGCCAGCUUGUCCCCCAUGGAACUGAUCCCCAUCGAGUUCGUGCUGCCCACUAGCCAGCGCAACAGCAAGAGCCCAGAGACGGUGUUGCUGCACGUGGCUGGCCACGGCAACGUGGAGCAGAUGAAGGCGCAAGUGUGGCUGCGCGCGCUGGAGAUGAGCGUGGCCGCAGACUUUUACCACCGGCUCAGGCCCGACCACUUCCUCCUGCUCUACCAGAAAAAGGGACAGUGGUACGAGAUCUACGACAGGUACCAGGUGGUGCAGACCCUGGACUGCCUGCGCUACUGGAAGGUGCUGCACAAGAGCCCCGGCCAGAUCCACGUGGUGCAGCGGUACGCCCCCUCCCAGGAGACCCUGGCCUUCCAGCAGCAGCUCACAGCGCUGAUUGGCUACGACGUCACUGACGUCAGCAACGUGCAUGACGACGAGCUGGAGUUCACGCGCCGCCGCCUGGUCACCCCACGCCUGGCCGAGGUGGCAUGCCGCGACCCCAAGCUCUAUGCCAUGCACCCCUGGGUGACAACCAAGCCCCUCCCGGAGUACCUGUUGAGGAAGAUUGCCAACAACUGCAUCUUCAUCGUCAUCCACCGCGGCACGACCAGCCAGACCAUCAAGGUGUCCGCCGACGACACCCCUGACACCAUUCUCCAGAGUUUCUUCACCAAGAUGGCCAAGAAGAAGUCCCUGAUGGACAUCCCCGAAGGCCAAAGCGAGCAGGACUUCGUGCUGCGUGUGUGUGGCCGGGACGAAUACUUGGUGGGGGAGACGCCCAUCAAAAACUUCCAGUGGGUGAGGCAUUGCCUCAAGAACGGAGAAGAGAUUCACUUGGUGCUCGACACUCCCCCAGACCCAGCGCUGGACGAGGUGAGGAAGGAAGAGUGGCCGUUGGUGGAUGACUGCACUGGAGUCACCGGCUACCACGAGCAGCUGACCAUCCACGGGAAGGACCACGAGAGCGUGUUCACCGUGUCCCUGUGGGACUGUGACCGCAAGUUCCGGGUGAAGAUCCGGGGCAUCGACAUCCCUGUCCUGCCCCGCAACACGGACCUCACCGUUUUUGUGGAGGCCAACAUUCAGCAUGGGCAGCAAGUCCUUUGCCAAAGGAGAACCAGCCCCAAGCCCUUCACAGAGGAGGUGCUGUGGAAUGUGUGGCUGGAGUUUGGUAUCAAAAUCAAAGACCUGCCCAAAGGGGCUCUGCUGAACCUCCAGGUCUACUGCGGCAAGGCCCCGGCCUCAUCUGGCAAGGCCUCUGCGGAGACUCCCGGUGCUGAGUCCAGGGGCAAAACUCAGCUUCUCUACUAUGUGAACCUGCUGCUGAUAGACCACCGAUUCCUUCUGCGACACGGGGAGUACGUGCUCCACAUGUGGCAGCUAUCUGGGAAAGGCGAAGACCAAGGGAGUUUCAAUGCUGACAAGCUCACCUCCGCCACCAACCCAGACAAGGAGAACUCAAUGUCCAUCUCUAUCCUUCUGGACAAUUACUGUCACCCGAUAGCUUUGCCUAAGCAUCGCCCCACCCCUGAUCCUGAAGGGGACCGGGUUCGAGCUGAAAUGCCCAACCAACUUCGUAAGCAACUAGAGGCCAUCAUCGCCACAGACCCCCUGAACCCGCUCACCGCAGAGGACAAGGAGCUGCUCUGGCAUUUUAGAUACGAAAGCCUGAAGCACCCCAAAGCGUAUCCUAAGCUAUUUAGCUCGGUCAAGUGGGGACAACAAGAAAUCGUGGCCAAGACAUACCAGUUGUUAGCCCGAAGGGAAGUUUGGGAUCAAAGUGCUUUGGAUGUGGGGUUAACAAUGCAACUCCUGGACUGCAACUUUUCAGAUGAAAAUGUCCGGGCCAUUGCGGUUCAGAAACUGGAGAGCUUGGACGAUGAUGACGUGCUGCAUUACCUUUUGCAACUGGUCCAGGCUGUGAAGUUUGAACCAUACCAUGACAGCGCCCUUGCCAGAUUUCUGCUGAAGCAUGGUUUAAGAAACAAAAGAAUUGGCCACUUCUUGUUUUGGUUCUUGAGAAGUGAGAUAGCUCAAUCCAGGCACUACCAGCAGAGAUUCGCUGUGAUCCUGGAAGCAUAUCUGAGGGGCUGUGGCACCGCCAUGUUGCAGGACUUUACACAACAAGUGCAAGUCAUCGAGAUGUUACAGAAAGUCACCAUUGAUAUUAAGUCACUCUCUGCUGAAAAGUAUGAUGUCAGUUCCCAAGUUAUUUCACAACUUAAGCAAAAGCUUGAAAACCUGCAGAAUUCUCAUCUCCCUAAAAGCUUUAGAGUCCCCUAUGACCCUGGACUGAAAGCAGGUGCGCUGGUGAUUGAAAAAUGUAAAGUGAUGGCCUCCAAGAAAAAGCCCCUCUGGCUUGAGUUUAAAUGUGCUGACCCCACAGCCCUAUCUAAAGAGACCAUUGGAAUCAUCUUUAAGCACGGGGACGAUCUGCGUCAAGACAUGCUAAUUUUACAGAUUCUACGGAUCAUGGAGUCCAUUUGGGAGACUGAAUCUUUGGAUCUGUGCCUCCUGCCUUACGGUUGCAUUUCAACUGGUGACAAAAUAGGCAUGAUCGAAAUCGUGAAGGACGCCACGACCAUUGCCAAAAUCCAGCAAAGCACGGUGGGCAACACGGGCGCCUUCAAAGACGAGGUCCUGAGCCACUGGCUCAGGGAGAAGUGCCCAUUGGAAGAGAAGUUCCAGGCCGCCGUGGAGAGAUUCGUGUAUUCCUGCGCUGGCUACUGUGUGGCCACCUUUGUCCUUGGCAUAGGAGACAGGCACAAUGACAACAUUAUGAUCACGGAGACAGGAAAUCUAUUUCAUAUCGACUUUGGGCACAUUCUUGGAAAUUACAAGAGCUUUCUGGGCAUAAAUAAAGAGAGAGUGCCAUUUGUGCUAACCCCAGACUUCCUGUUUGUGAUGGGAACUUCGGGUAAGAAGACAAGCCCACACUUCCAGAAAUUUCAGGAUGUCUGUGUUCGGGCAUACCUAGCCCUUCGUCAUCACACCAACCUGCUGAUCAUCCUCUUCUCCAUGAUGCUGAUGACUGGGAUGCCCCAGUUAACAAGCAAAGAAGAUAUUGAAUAUAUUCGAGAUGCUCUGACAGUGGGGAAAAAUGAGGAGGAUGCGAAAAAGUAUUUUCUGGAUCAAAUUGAAGUUUGCAGAGACAAAGGCUGGACUGUGCAGUUUAACUGGUUCCUGCAUCUUGUUCUUGGCAUCAAGCAAGGAGAGAAGCAUUCAGCCUGAUACUUGGGGCUGGUAUUCAAACACGCCAACCCCCUAAAGCUUUGAAUUAUGAUACCAGUCAUUGAACGUGAUUUUUUUUUUUUUUUUACAUCAUAGAACGUGGUGAGGUCAUUUCCUAACAGAACUCUUCACUGGAGAGAGGGGGAAAAAUCAUCAUUGCAGAUUGUCAGAUUGUCUUAGGGAAAACUCAGCACGAGGCCUAUUUGGAGGUUUGUUUUUCUCUCUAUUUGGCUCAGCAAUGCUGGAGAAUAUUGUUUAAGUUAAAGAGACUAAUGACUUCCUUAUUGAUCAUGAUGUUGUGCUAGCUCACCCUGGUUGUGCUUCUGGAAAUUCUUUGAAAUGGUCAGUGAAAUCUAUUGUCAUAGCGUUUCAUUUACUGUCAGUAUUGUGUUAUCCUUUCUGAAACGCAAGGUCCUUACAAGGGGGUGGGGCUGCAGAAUGCCAGCACUGUAGCCUGUGUCUCACCCCUUAAACAAUGCCUCCAACCAUCCUGUCAGUGUCUACAGACGCUAAGAGCAAGGAUGAUCACUUAGUCUCUUCACCGUUUUUUGCCAUCAGCCUCUUUCCCAGCAUAUACCUGAGACAGGAAACCCCCAAAUGGAAAAUCUGAACCUUUGUGCUCUUACCCUGCCCUGCUGGCCUGCAUCCAGAGUUAUGAAUGUGAAAAAACAGCAAUGGAACCAUUCAUUUCAGCUCUGCCCUCAGGAUUGAAUUUUCCAAUACAAUUCGCAUGGCCUUCUCCAGCAUAGGAAAUAACUAAAAGGACUCGUGUUUUAUCCCUUUACAUUCCUCUUCCUCUCUUUCUCCCUCCUCCCUUCUUCCACCCUCCCCAACUUCCCCCAGGCUGUUACACCGAGUUAUGAAAUCUUCAUGACAACUUUACCCUACAACUCAAAAAUUUCCUUGAGAAAGAAUUCCCCCUUCAGCAUUUCUGGAAUUUUCGGUACUUGUUGGUAAAGACGUUUAGUAGAGUUUUUUUUGAAAAGGGAUAUUAUUAACAGAGGCAUUCUAGAAACUCCAAAUUAGCUUCUCCUUUUUUCUUUUUUCCCCUCCAAAUUAGCUUCUACAUGCCUUGAUUUGUUCACGCUCUGGUCUGAGAAGUGCUUUCCGUUUUAGUUUUGCCUUCUUUCAUUUUUAGUGACAGACCAUUUCUGAUAUCUGUAAAGCCCUCCAAGUCAGGGAGACCAUGGCUUGUUCGAUCCAUCUCUGGCUUUCAAGGAAUUGUAAAUUUCAACACAUUUUUCAGAUGCCCUAAA